AUGUCUUCAGCUAUCGACAGGUCCCACAUCUCCCCCGACACCCUCGACCCAUCAAUUAACCAGCAACGCCGCGACUCUCUUGAGAAGCACCUCCAGACUCGACCGGAGCUGCAGGACUUAAAGGAUAGACAUAUUCUGUUGAACACAAGUCUUGCUCCAGGCCUGCAGGCUGCACAGGCAGAUCUCGCUCGGCACCAAGCCUCGGACAGCCUCAGAAAACAUUUGGAACACCGCCCUGAUCGCGAUGAGCUCGUCGAUAAAAAUAUUCUCCCUUCCUCUGCCCGCAACGAUGUGGCGCCGGCCCUGCAGGCAAAUGCACGAGAACUAGAAAGAAGCAUGUUAGCCGACAACCUGGAGAAUAAGAUCAAGGGCCGGCCUGACCCUGAACAAUUGAUUGAGAAAGGUAUCCUAGACGGAAGUGAGGACCCGAGAAGUCCUUCGGAAUAA